AUGUCUACUUUCGGUCAAAUAUUUCGUGUUACCACCUAUGGUGAGUCUCACUGCAAAUCCGUCGGUUGUAUAGUUGAUGGUGUGCCUCCUGGUAUGUCAUUGACCGAGCAGGACAUCCAGCCGCAGUUAUCUAGAAGAAGACCAGGUCAAUCAAAAUUGUCUACUCCAAGAAAUGAGAAGGAUAAGGUUGAAAUUCAGUCCGGUGUUGAAUUUAACAAGACUCUGGGAACUCCAAUAGCGAUGUUGAUCAGAAAUGAGGACCAAAGACCUCACGACUAUAACGAUAUGGACAACUAUCCAAGACCUUCUCACGCAGAUUUCACCUAUUUGGAAAAAUACAAUUUGAAGGCUUCUUCUGGUGGUGGUCGUGCCUCUGCUAGAGAGACCAUUGGUCGUGUUGCAGCUGGUGGUAUUGCUGAAAAAUUCUUAAAGCAAGUCUCCAACGUCGAAAUCGUUGGGUUCGUCUCCCAAAUUGGUUCUGUUAAGAUGGAUAGAGAUCCAUUCGACCCAAAAUUUCACCACUUGUUGAACACUAUUACCAGAGAAAAGGUCGACUCCAUCGGUUUCAUCAGAUGCCCAGAUGUGAACUUGGCUGGCGCUAUGGUGCAAGAGAUCGAGAAAUACAGAGGUAAUAAGGACUCCAUCGGCGGUGUGGUUACCUGUGUUGUGAGAAAUUUGCCGACUGGUCUAGGUGAGCCUUGCUUUGACAAAUUGGAAGCUCUCUUGGCACACGCAAUGUUGUCCAUCCCAGCUUCCAAGGGUUUCGAAAUCGGAUCUGGGUUCCAAGGUGUGUCCGUUCCGGGCUCCAAGCACAAUGAUAUGUUUUACUUUGACGAAGAGACCCAGAGAUUAAGAACUAAGACUAACCUUUCUGGUGGUAUUCAAGGCGGUAUCUCCAAUGGUGAGAAUAUCUACUUCUCAGUGGCUUUCAAAUCCGUCGCUACUAUCUCUCAAGAACAGGAAACUUGUACUUACGAUGGUAAGCCAGGUGUCCUGGCUGCUAAGGGAAGGCACGAUCCUGCUGUAACUCCAAGAGCAAUCCCAAUCGUUGAAGCCAUGACCGCCUUGGUUCUAACUGACGCCCUAUUGAUCCAAAAAUCUAGGGAUUUUGCCAAGAGCAUUACUCAUUAA